GAUCUAUCGACGAUCAAAAAGCGCCUCCAGGAUUUGGUAUAUAAAUCGCGCGACGACUUUAUCGCAGACGUGCGCCAGAUAUUCGACAACUGUGAAGUCUUCAACGAAGAUGACUCACCCGUCGGUAUCGCCGGUCACGGAAUGCGAAAGUUCUUCGAGCAACGUUGGGCUGACCUUACGGACAAACACUCUUGAUAUCAUCAUCCAGGGUCCGCGUCGGCGAGUGCGCCGGCACUGUGCGUGGUGGGCGCUGGAGAGCCAACUGUGGCGGAACCAACUUCAAUGUUACCGCCACCGCCGCCGCAAAUAGCAACUCCUUCACAACCACAACAGCAACAGUAUUUAUCGAGGGAAAUUAGUGCUUUCCCAGCGGACAGUAGCACGGCUGCUGUAGCUGCUGAUUCGGUAUCAGUUCCGAUUGAUGAUAUGGCUACGGAAGAGGAUGAGUAGUGAUGCUGAGCUAAGAUAUUGUACUAGCAUUUAGAGGAAGAGGAUGAGAGCGCAGUGUAACCCCUAUUCAAAAGUUGGGCACAACAGGCUGAUGAUGGCAACUAUCGCGUGAGACUUAAGCUAACCAACCAGAGAGACAAGACUGUGCUCGGUGGUCGAAAGUGGCCCAGUGGUGGUCCACGAAAGGCACUAGCUUCGAUGACGGGGUCCCGCUUGCAAAGCAGAUUGGUAGUAGUAGAGAAGCAACGAGAACGAGAACGAGAGAGGGACGAACUUCAAGAGGAGUCAAAUGACAGGCAAUUGCAGAGUCGGUUUGUUUAAUUUUUCUUUUUGUUUUAACAAAACGACUAACAGCUAACAGAUGCGUGUGAAUCGAAUUGAACGAUGCGGAUUAAGUCCUCACAGUAAGAAACGUUGUACAUAUUUAGAAGAAUGAAGCAGCUUUCAGUUAGUUAGGGGAUUAUUUUUACUUUCGCUUUUUUUAUGCUAAGAGGAGAGCCUAGUGAGCCCCGCUUUGAUUCGAAAGCAAUUUGGUAGAUUUCUCGGUGGCUGUCGGAACGGGGGUGGAGACCGCUGCACACUGUUUUAGAGGAACGGACAAUGUUCACUUACAAAUGACUCACACAACAGCUGACACAGAUGCCACUGCAAAGUAUAGGAGCGAAAGCGAGAGAGAGAGAGUUAGUUUCGUAAGUAAAAUUAUAUCCAACAUCCAGCAAAUGAUGUGAAGGAGUCACUCCUAGUAGUGAGCGAAACGAAACAUUGGCUUUGUAAGUAUUCUGAUUAGACAAAACGCGAGGGUAACGAGGGUCGGCAAUAGUCAUCGACACAUGUUGGUGGAUUGGCCGCGCUAACAAUUGCGCAUUUGUAUGCGCUUGGUUAAUUUAUUUCGUACGUUCAGUCGACUGGUUAGCAUAUAAGUCAGAGGAGAUCAGAUGCCAAGCCCCCGGAACAGAGGGAAGGGUUUGCUGCAGAACGGCUGUACCGGAACAAUUCGCGUGAUUACGUUUUGUUUCACUCAGCAACCCUUUUCAAUUACUAUGACCCGUGAAAGGUACAUAGAAAUGUGGUAUAUUUAUUGUAGUAGCUCCGCCAAGCUGUGUUGAAAGCCUACAGCACACCGCCGAUCGUUGCCGUGUAGUAUCGCCAUGCUCACCAUCUUAACUUAUAUGUUUUGUAAAGGACUGAAGGGCACCUGGAGCCGGUGGUUUAGGAAGGCAAGGAGGAUUGGAUGUAGUAUAGAAUCGUAAAAGGUAUCUUUUUGGCGAGAUAUUGUGCCCUGCAGAUAAAACAAAUGGAAAGUAUUUUUACACAAACAUAUACAUGUUUGUAGAUACAUAUAUAUAUAGAGACAAACAAACACAUACUUAUAAUUUCUGAAACGACGAUUAGAUUUAGGCGUUUAAAAUGGACGUUUUUAUUCUCUCUGACCUAUUAAACUAUCAAAUAUGAAAUCAUCUAUGGUUUGAUUUACCUUUUCAAAGGGAACGCAUUUGCACAGGGACCGAGAAUGUCUUUGACGCAACGAAAGAAAUGUUCAGCACAUCCACAAGGAUCCCACUCUGGCCGGUGCUUCGUAUCUUUUCUGAUGCAGCAGCACGAUAGCGAGUGAGAAAAAAAAACCGCACGUGUUGCGCACACCAUCUUCGAAGGAAUGUGCUGAUGAUGAAAUGGCUUUCAUGUCAACUACCGUAGAAUCGAUUUUUUCGUUUGCGAUUCCGUUCGCUUCUUUCUGCAUGAACCAUACAAGUAAGAAGCGGAAAGCUUAUAAGAAAAACUAAACUAUGUAUCAACGGUGAUGGGAUCGUGAAGUCAUUCGUUCUGUGACUGUAUUUAACGAGGAGCAAAAAAGUGGACCGAAGAUCAGAGGCGAACUUAGGUUACUGAAGGCCAUGUACUGUGGCUUUGUGAAUAAGAGAGCAGAAUUAAUCCAUAAAGGUGAUAAUUAAUUAACAAAACUCUGGAUUUUUUAUGUUAUAAAAUGUGGGGACACAACGGAAAGUGUGAAAAUAGUACGGAUGCUGGGGUAUGAUCGGGUACUCAAGAAGUACCGAAAGAGAGUCAAUCUAAAAAGUAUUAAACUAAACCCUGGUAAGCAUAUGGUGAUGAAUCCGUCGAUAGCAUCUGUUUGUUUUAAUUGCUGCGAGUAAUAGUUGUUGGAAGAAAGAGGAGGUUUGAUUUUUUUUUCUUUUUUUCUCCACAAUUCACAAAGGACGGAACACACGUGUGUUCCUUGAUCUCCCUUGUUAUAAAUAUGUGUAAAUAGGACAAAACAAGACAAGCUACACACAUUUGGAUUAACUGGUUUAAUUGGAAGCUACGCUCCGGUGUGGAAAACGAAAAGUGUGGGUCAGAAACUCUCUUUCCACCCGGAAGACUUUCCGAGCGUAGCGCAAUAGCUGAUAUGAUAAGAAUAUAUGAUAUGAAAAUAUAAAAUGAUAAUUAGUGAAACAUUGAAGAAUUCGGGCAAAAUGUAAUAUUUGUUUUUGUUUUUGCUGGGUGUUGUAGAGUUUACAUUUG